CCGGAACGUCAAUCAGGGUCUGCAUGAGGGAGGGAGACUUCCACACUUGUGUGCGCCAGCAUUUGUGCGCGCUCAUCCUCGGUGCUCCGUUUUUGGAAAUUAUAGACCUCGAAAUUCCACACAUUGAUGGAUUUAAUCGCUUCAUCGUGACCCUCCUCCCGAUCCCCGAUCGCCUCUCUCGUUUCGCAGCAGAAAAAAAGCCCCCAUAUCACACCUCCGCAGACAUGGGCACCGUCCUCUCCAUAUCCCCCGCCACCAAGAAGGCGAUGGACGGCGACGUCGCGGGUGACAGCAAAGGCGACAAAAGCCUCAAGCGGCCCUCCAUGUUCGUGUCGCUCUCCUGGAAGAAGCUGGUGUCCAGCUCGGCGAAGAAAAGCGCCAAGAAGGUGACCCCUAACCCGCUGCCCAAUCCGGUGGCGCAGCGCAACAGCGAGAACCUGCGGAAAACGGAAGAACGGAAACAGCGGGCCCCCAUUCCGGUCCCGGUGCCCACCGUCCCGACGCAGAAGAAAGACACCCAAGGCAAGAAGAGCGCGUCGCCGGGGAAGAAACAAAGCAGCCCGACCUUAGUGUCCCCCCGGCGGAUAGUGAUCCAGGCGUCCACCGGGGAGCUCCUCCGGUGUUUGGGGGACUUCGUGUGCCGCAGGUGUUACAAGCUGAAGGACUUAAACAGCGGGGAUGUCAUCCUCUGGUUUCGGAACAUCGACCGGACUCUCUUGCUGCAAGGCUGGCAGGACCAGGGCUUCAUCACGCCCGCCAACGUGGUCUUCGUCUACCUGCUCUGCGACGCCACCCUCCGGGACGACGUGGACAGCGCGGCGGAGCUCCAAGGCGCCUUCCAGACGUGCCUGUACCUGGCCUACUCCUACAUGGGCAACGAGAUCUCCUACCCGCUCAAGCCCUUCAUGAUGGAGUCCAACAAGGACGUGUUCUGGGAGACCUCCCUGGGCAUCAUCGAGCGGCUGAGCGGCAAAAUGCUGCAGCUGAACGCGGACCCGCACUUUUUCACGGAGGUCUUCCAAGACCUGAAAGGCCAGCGGGAUAGCGGCGAGGCGAACCUGGACCGCUGAUAUGGACCACUUUUGUCACCCAAGCAUCACUGAACGGCGGCUUUGAAUGUAAAAAAAAAGAAAGAAAAAAAAAAAAAAAGGCCAGAAUAGAUCUGAUGACGUCACGCUGCGUCGUGUUUAGAAUACAGGUGUGACUCAUGCAUGUCAUCUACGGUUUUGUAGUCCUUUUGGGUUCAAUUGGCAUCCUUUAUUAAUAGAAUAGAACCGUUUAACAGGUGGCGCUGUCCAAGGUGCUGACCCGUCCCCUUUGCUAUUUGCGUCCUCAUCAGAGGUCUAACCUCCGAGCCUAAUCCUUCAAAGUAGAGCUAAUAUUGCCCGGUGUACUUAUACACAAUCAUUCCCAGCUUGUCAUUUAAGACGCCCUUAGAACAGCGUUUUUUCAACCUUUUCUGAGCCAAGGUACGUUUUUUUUCCUAUUGAAAAAAAUCCCGAGGCACACCACCAUCAGAAAACAUGAAAAAAAAAAGAAAAAUAGCAGCCGGUAUUGACAGUAAAACGUUUAGUAUGGGGGACAUAUUCUAAGUAACAAAGACUUAAUGUAAAAGUUAUUUGGACACUAGGGGAACACAUAAGGGUUAGGGCAGUUGGGUUCGAUCGAACCCUAGGGGUUCGGUGAGUCGGGCUCAGGGGUUCGGUGGAGGUCAAGACACACCCGACUCAUCGUGUAAAUGUCAGGUUCAAACACUGAUGACAUCAAUUAAACAGACAAGAAGCAAGGGACCAUGCAGAGACAGAGUUCAAUUUAACUCAUGAGGAGAACGCAUGGAGCUGCACACUUAGUCACAGUUUCGCCCUACGCUCUAAGGUUCAGCUCCCGCGUCCCUCUAUUUAUUCAGGAGUUCCAUAGUCAACAUCACUGAGGCCGCACCUAAAAGGAGUGGUCAAAUAUAUUAUGCAAAGCAGGUGCAGCACGCACAAUAUGUGACGGAAUGUGCUGGGGGCCUUGUGAUUUCUUUGUUCUAAGUAACAAAGACUUAAUUUAAAGUUAUUUGGACACUAGGGGAACACAUAAGGGUUAGGGCAGUGGUUCUUAAACUGGGUUCGAUCAAACUCUAGAGGUUCGGUGCGUCGGGCUCAGGGGUUCGGCGGAGGUCAAGACACUCCCGACUCAUCGUGUAAAUGUCAGGUUCAAACAGUGAUGACAUCAAUUAAACAGACAAGAAGCAAGGAACCAUGUAGAGACAGAGUUCAAUUUAACUCAUGAGGAGAACGCAUGGAGCUGCACACUUAGUCACAGUCUCGCUCUACGCUCUAAGGUUCAGCUCCCGCGUCCCUCUAUUUAUUCAGGAGUUCCAUAGUCAGCAUCACUGAGGCCGCCUCUAAAAGGAGUGGUCAAAUAUAUUAUGCAAAGCAGGUCCGGUACGCACAAUAUGUGACGGAAUGUGUUGGGGGCCUUGUGAUUUCUUUGUUCUAAGUAACAAAGACUUCAUUUAAAGUUAUUUGGACACUAGGGGAACACAUAAGGGUUAGGGCAGUGGUUCUUAAACUGGGUUCGAUCAAACCCUAGGGGUUCGGUGAGUCGGGCUCAGGAGUUUGGCGGAGGUCAAGACACAUCCGACUCAUCGUGUAAAUGUUAGGUUCAAACAAUGAUGACAUCUAUUAAACAGACAAGAAGCAAGGAACCCAGCAGAGACAGAAUUCAAUUUAAAUCAUGGGGAGAACGCAUGGAGCUGCACACUUAGUCACACUUUUGCCCUACGCUCUAAGGUUCAGCUCCUGCGUCCCUCUAUUUAUUCAGGAGUUCCAUAGUCAACAUCACUGAGGCCGCACCUAAAAGGAGUGGUCAAAUAUAUUAUGCAAAGCAGGUGCAGCACGCACAAUAUGUGACGUAAUGUGUUGGGGGCCUUGUGAUUUCUUUGUUCUAAGUAACAAAGACUUAAUUUAAAGUUAUUUGGACACUAGGGGAACACACAAGGGUUAAGGCAGUGGUUAUUAAACUGGGUUCGAUCGAACCCUAUGGGUCCAGUACGCACAAUAUGUGACGGAAUGUGCUGGGGGCCUUGUGAUUUUCUUGUUUCGGCUUCAUCUGCGUGCUGUCAUCUUAUUGUAGUUGAGGUCCUUGAAGUCCUUGGCUGUUAGCGGGCUAAAACAAAUACAACAUCUGCGGCGGAGGCCACCCCUCAGACAAUAAGUUGUGUCCUUGCACAGAGAGAAAGAAAUGCAGCUUGAACACAAUAGCUAAUAACUAUGGCAACGGACUUUAAGCAUACUAAAGUUGUGUGAUAAUAUAUGUACAUGAUUAGGCCCAUUGGGGUUAGGGUUAGGGUUAAGGUUAUUAAUAAGCAAUAAUUCUGAGAUUAUCGAGGAAAGACUCUUAGUUAAUGGCUUACUGGUGUAUAGUAAAGACAUGCAGAAUAAGGCAUUAAUAAGUACUUAAUAAUGACUACUUAAGAGCCAAUAUGUUCCUAAUUUAAUUUAAUAUGUUCCCAAUACUAAAGUGUUACCAAAAGUCGUUCUCGCAAUUGUUGGAUAUGAAAUUCAAACCAUACCAAACCAUGCAUCACUAUAGCUCUUGUCUCCAAG